UCUGUCUUUCCUUUACUGCACAUGCGUUUCCUGCACGUUGAACAGCACAAACAGCAUGGCGGUUACCGUGCAUGAAGACAUGGAGGGGGUUGAGAAGGAGCCUGAGAAGGAGCUGGUUCGCCCCAAAAUGACUGGGGGUAAUAAGGGGGUUCUCAAGCAAAACAGGGAAUUCCUUGACUUUUUCUGGGACAUAGCUAAACCUGAUCGAGACAUCAGACUGAAGGCCAUUGAAGGUCUGAUUGAAUACCUAAAGAAAACCGAGAAGCCAGAUGAGCUGAAGUAUUCGCUGAAGAGAUUGGUGGAUGGCCUCUCCCAUGCAAGAGAGGAUGCACGCACAGGACACAGUUUAGCAUUGGCUCAGCUUCUGAGUGUGUUUGAGGAUAUCCAGCUGCAAAGCAUACUCGACCAGAUUAAAGAGAAAAACAGCCUACAAGCUCUGCAGAAGAAACAAAUCAGAAAUGUUGCAUUUGGGAACUUCUUUGGGGUGCUGGCUAUAUCACAGUCUACACGCCUCUCUAAGGAGCCCCAGGUCCUGCUGGAGUGCGUUCGCCUCUUGCAGCGUAUCUCCCAGUUCUCAGAGCAUCUCCGCGAUCUACCCAGAAAAACCAUGGUGGACCUCUUAUCUGAGACGUCUCAGGAAGUGUUUGAGGAAGUGCUGCUGGGGGCCCUGAAGAGCGACUUGACCUCUGCCCUCAGCACACCUGAGCACCUGGAGCUUCUCCUGGUGGCCAUGCAGAAAUUCCCUGAGGUGCUAAAGCCCCAAAAGCUCAAAAAGUUACUGGGCAGCGCUACAGUAAUCACCCAGGAGAACAUCCCAAAGUUGGUGGAUGUUCUGAAGACAGCAGCUCGCUCGGUUAAGAAGGAGCGGCAUCUUCCAACUGUCGCUGUUGACCUGCUGGAAGUGUCCUUGCGAGAGGACAGCUUUGACCUUUUCUGGAAUGAAAUCAUUCUGAAUGGGCUGAUGAAAGAUCAACCAGGUCCUUCACAUUACAUGUGCUUUCGGUUGCUGGGAGGUGCCCUGCCACUUUUGUCAGUGCCACAGCUUCGCCAAGCCCUGUCCGGUGAGGUGAUGAGGCAUUAUGGUGAACAUGUGGUGGUUGCUCAGCAACCAGAUCGCUUUAAGAUUGCCCCAGAGAUGGAUGUCUACGUCAAGGAGUUUUUGCAAGGCUGCGACGACCCGGACAAACAGCUGGCAGUCAUGGUGGGCUUCAACCAGCUCACCAACCAGGGCUACCCAGUGAUCCCCUCCUUCUGGAAGGUGGUGGAGUGCUUGCAGCCGGCCGCACUAGAGCGCUACGUGGACUGGCUGAAGGGCAUGUUCCUGCGGCCACAGCUGGAGAACUGCCUGGACUUCACCACGCGCCGGCAGAAGGAGAACCAGGGGGCCAGUGGGAAGAGCGAUGAGCCAGUACUCCGUAUGCGUAAGUGGAUUCUUCCCCGGCUGACCUCAAUCGUGGAGAACCAUCAGGUGAAGAAAGAGGAAGACUUGGUCAUGGACAUCGCCAGGUUCAUUUUCUUCCAUGCAUUCUUUACUGCCAAGAAAUCAACUCCAGACAUUCCAGAGACUGAGAAUAUGCCAUCUGUGGCUUUAGAUGAGAAGACUCGAGCAGGUGUCUUCUCCUGCUUCUUUGGGUUACUCCAACACCUGAACCACCUUCCGGUGCAGGGGGAGUCCAGCGAUGAUGUUGCCCCUAAGAAACAGCUCCAUGGUGUUACAGCCGACGGCAGCACGUGGCUCUUCUGCCUGAUCCAGUACGCCGACAUGCUCCUCAGCCAAACCGGCUAUGUCCAGUGUGUCAAGCCCUUCACCGCAGAGCAGAAGGGCGCCUGGGACAGCAUGAUGAAAUCUGUCGAGACCCUGCAGAAGAAAGCCAAGAAGAGCCAGACUCCAGAGAUCUCUGCGUUUCAGCUCCUCUUCCUGCUCGUUGGCAUAAACAUCUUCAAGUCCCCAGAGGAGAGUGUGGAGCUCAUCCAGGAUAUCCAAAGCUGCAUGGAAAAAGUGAAUGCCAAGAAAUCCAAGAGGAAGAAGAAGAAAGCCGAUGCUGAGGAGGAGGAGGAGCCCCACUGGGUGGAGGUGCUAGUGGAGAUCUUGCUCUCCCUGCUGUCCCAGCCCAGCCGCCUCAUCAGGCAGGUCUGCAAGACCGUCUUUGGCCGCAUCUGCCCACAUGUCACCCAGGGCGCCAUCACUGCUAUUCUGGAUGUCCUUGAUCCUAGCAAAGCUACAGAGGACAGUGCACUUGUGGUGACUGAUGAAAACAAAGCAAUGAAAAGAAAAAACGAAUCGGAUGAGGAUGAGGAUGAUGAUGAUGAUGAGGAAACUGACAAAAAGAAACAGAAAGUCAAAGCUGAGGGGGACGAGGAGAAAGAAGAAGAGGAGUCUGACUCGUCUGAUGAUGAUGAUGAUGAGGAGGAUGAUAAUAACGACAAUGAAGAAGUUGAUCAGAACUUCCGCCUGGAGCUGAUGAAAGUUUUGCAAGGCCAAAAUGCUCCGGCCACUGAGGCAGACAAGAGUGAUGACGAUGAGCUGGAUGAUGACGCCAUGAUGAAGCUGGAUGGCAACAUCGCCAGUCUCUUUGCAGAGCAAAAGAAACGCAUCCAGGCCAAGAAAGAUGAACGGGAAAAGCUGCGUAAAGAGAAGGUCCUCAUCAGAGACUUCAAGAUCAAAGUGCUGGAUUUGGUGGAGGUGUUCCUGGAUAAGCAGUCAGCCAACCCUCUGGUGCUGGGCAUGAUCGAGCCUCUGCUGAUAGUCGUCGAGAGCGGGAUGAGCUCAGACAAAGAGCAGCAGGAGAUAGACUUCCUCCGCAAAGCAGCAGACAUUUUCAAGAACACACUGUGCAGAGGAAAGCAAUACUGCAAGAACGUGGACGACCGUAAAGCGGAGCUUCAUGACCUUUUGGAAAGGUUACUCACCAGGGCACAGAAGCUGUCCGACUCCGCUGUUGCACUCUACUACUUCAGUGCUGCCCUGUAUUUGGUGAAGGUGCUGAGAGGUGUGCCUGCCGAGGGAGUCACAAAGCAGGAAGCUGUGGAGAGCCAGAGCAAGACCAUGGGGAACCUGGAUGUGGAGAGAGUGACUGGUCUCUUCAGGCAGGCUCUUGAAUCCUUCAUGACUCGCAGAAAUAGUCCUCUCACUGGAGCCAUGUUCAUUGACCUCUUCAACCGACUCCCGAUCUUUAGCAGCAACCUCCUGGAUAUGUUGGUGGAGUACAUCACAGGAGGAUUAAGAGAACAUCAGCAGGGGCAGGCCUGUGCCAUCGUGCUGAGGGGUCUGCAGUCUAGAGAUAUUCAGCAGCUUUUGGCCGGACCACGAUGGACGGAGUUGUGCCAGAAGACUGUGGAAAAAGUUACAGAAAGUCUUGGACAAGGACUAGAAAUGAAAAAUAAAAUUAUACAAGAGAAGAUUAUCAAAGCACUAGAGCUUUCUCUGUUUUUGAUUAAGAACAUUCGCACUCAGAAACUUGAGGUGAGCCUUGAGCCAAUCCAGAAGGCUUUGGAGUCUAUGAAUGAGAAACAUGAUUUCCACAAAUCUGGACAAAUGGAGGAUAUCUAUUGGAGUGUAAUGAAGCUCUUUGGGGUUCAAAAACCAAAAAUUGUGAAGACGAAAAAAGCAGAGGAAAAGCCCAUCACUGAGCAGACCCCAGAAGCUGAGGCGAAGAAGAAAAAAGGCUUCCUCCCCGAGACCAAGAUACGGAAGAAUCGCAAUAAGCCUGUGGUUGUGGAGGAGAAAAACGCCGCCAAGCAACCCAGUAAGCCCACUGCGCCCCCUGCUGCGGCAACUGGAGGAGAGGGAGAGCCAGGGAAGAACAAGAGGAAGAGGAAGAGGAAGAACAGGAAAAGAAAACAUACAGGAGGAGGAGGAGGAGGAGAGGUGGCAUCAGAUCAGUCAGCUGCCAAGAAAGCUAAAACGGUCAAUGAGUCACCUGCCGAGAAACCUAAAAUAGUUGACCAAUCGCCUGCCAAGAAAGACCAAACAGAGCCAAAGGGCGAUAAAAAGAAGAAAGGAAAGAAGGGAGCUGCCGAAUGAUGCAUUACUAACCUUUUCCUUACUUUUUCUCCUUUUAAGCCUAAUGGGCUUUAUAGCCUGUUUGUGAAACUUGCUCUGAGGAGCACCUCUAUGAUUUUUAAUACUCAAGCUGAGACUGAGCGGCUCUGUCAAAAAAAAAAAAAAACAUAUGUUUUGUGGGUGUGUCAUAACCUUGUUUGUUGCAUAUCAUGAGCAUGUUUUGAAAGGUUCAUAUACAUGUGACAUAAAAUUUAAAUAAUUUUAUGUACAAAA